AUGGUUAAGUCAACAACAAUUGAUGCAUUUUUUAAAAGAAAAAUUAUUGAAGAUCAAAAGCACAAGGAGAGUGAUGCUACUCCAUCAUCUAUUCUUAGUGAGAGUUUGGUUGUUGAACCUCCCAAAAAAAUUCAAAGAGUUGAACUUGAAAAGAUUGAUAUUGCUUCUUUGGAGCGUGAUCCCGGAAAACGUCCACCUAUAUGGAGCUAUCCUCUUAAUCAACAAGAUGAAAUUCGUCGAGCUUAUAUCAAUUGGGGGCCAUAUCAAGUUAAGCAUGAAAAUUACCCUUCAAGUGGUUCAAAGAAACAUGCUCGUCAUUUUUGUAGCUCUUGGUUUGAAUUGUUUCCAUCUUGGCUUGAAUAUUCUCCAUCAAUUGAUGCUACUUUUUGUCUUUCAUGCUAUCUAUUUAGUAAGCCGAAUGGACGAGUUGAAUUAAGUGCAUUUGUUCUUGGUGGCUUUAAGAAUUGGAAGAAGGUCAAUAAUGGAGAUAAUUGUGCUUUCUUACGACAUGUGGGGAAAAAUCCUAACUCAUUUCAUAGAAUUGCUGUAAAAGCCUGCAAUGAUUUGAUGAAUGCUUCUCAACACAUUGGAACUUUCAUUGAGAAACAAAGUUUUGAGCAAGUUGAGAUUAAUCGAUUAAGGCUUCAAGUUUCAAUUGAUGUAGUUCGAUGGCUUGCAUUUCAAGGUUGUGCCUUUCGAGGACGAGAUGAGAGUGAAAAAUCUCUUAAUCGUGGAAACUUUCAUCAACUUAUUAAGUUGUUGGCUUCUUAUAAUGAUAAGGUUGCAAGUGUUGUUCAAGAAAAUGCUCCAUCCAAUGCCUCCUAUACAUCUCCUGAAAUUCAAAAGGAGAUUCUUUAUAUAUUUUCCAAUAAGGUUAGAAAAGAAAUUUGCCAAGAGAUUGGAAAUUCAAAAUUUUGCAUUAUAGUUGAUGAAGCUCGUGAUGAGUCCAAAAGAGAGCAAAUGGCUCUUGUUUUGAGAUAUGUAGAUAAGGAAGGAUGCAUUUGUGAACGAUUUUUUGGUGUUAUUCAUGUCCGUGAUACUAUGGCUUUAACUUUGAAGGAAGCUAUUUUUUCUACUCUCUCUCAACAUAAUUUGGCCAUUCAUAACAUCCGUGGACAAGGGUAUGAUGGAGCUAGUAAUAUGAGAGGUGAAUGGAAUGGCUUGCAAGCUUUAAUUUGCCAUGAAUGUCCAUAUGCCUAUUACAUUCAUUGUUUGGCCCAUAGGCUUCAACUUGCUUUAGUUGCAGCUUCUAGAGAAGUAGCUUCUGUUCACCAAUUCUUCUCCAAUUUAGUUUUCAUUAUCAACAUUGUUACUGCAUCUAGCAAACGUAAUGAUGAAUUAAAGGAGGCUCAAGCAAUUGAAAUUGCUACUAAGAUUGCUAAUGGUGAACUUGAAACUGGAAGGGGGCUUAAUCAAAUUGGCACUUUAAAACGAGCUGGAGAUACUCGUUGGGGUUCUCAUUUGGAUUCUAUUUCUAGUUUACUGAAAAUGUUCAAUGCUACUUGUGUGGUUUUAAGUAACAUUGCAGCAGAUGGAGGUUCAUACUCUCAACGUGGAGAUGCUAAUUUUGCUUUGAAUCAGUUGUUAUCCUUUGGAUUUGUUUUCACAUUGCAUCUUAUGAAAGACAUUAUGGAAAUCACUCAUCAUCUUUGUAUGGCAUUGCAACGUAAAUCUCAAGAUAUUUUGAAUGGAAUGCAUCUUGUCUCAAGCACAACAAAGCUACUGAAGAAUUUUCGAGAUUCGGGAUGGAAUGAUUUCUUGGUGAAAGUUAAAUUAUUUUGUGAGCAACAUCAAAUUGAUAUCCCGGAUAUGAAUGCUCAAUAUAUUGCAAGACGUGGUAGAUCUCGUGGUCAUCAUGAUGAGAUUAGUGUGGAGCAUUAUUAUCGAGUGGAUAUAUUUAUUGCAACAAUUGAUUAUCAAUUGCAAGAGUUACAUAGCAGGUUUAAUGAUCAUACCGUGGAAUUGCUUGUUUUGAGCACUGCUUUAGAUCCUAGAAAUGGAUUUAUGCUGUUCAAGAUUGAUGAUAUUUGUAAACUUGCAGAGAAGUUCUAUCCGAAUGAUUUUAUGGAGCAAGAACUAGUACGUCUAAGAAUAGAACUUCAACAUUUUGAGCUUGACAUUCCAAAUCAUCCUGAAUUGCAAGAAUUAUCUGGUAUUCAUGAGUUAUGUCAAGGCUUGGUGAAGACAAGAAAAUCAGUGAUGUAUCCUCUUAUUGACAGAUUGAUUAGACUUGUUCUUACUCUUCCUGUAUCAACUGCAACUACAGAGCGGUUGGUGCUCAAGAAUGAAAGUUCUCCAAUUUCGCUGAAGGCGUUUAUGCUUGACACCAAUCUGAGUGCUUCUAUAUCCAGUUUUGAUAAGCAACGUGGGAGUUCUUUUGCCAUUUAUGAAAUGAUCAACAAAGCGUGGAAUUUGCUGAUAAAAUCCAAAGAUUUCUGCAAAAAUCUCUGUGAUAUCCAAGAUGGAAGAUUGCAGUUCAUCUUUGGAGGGCUGGCAGGAACACUGAUACAAAAAUCAUCAUCAAUGUUAAAUGAUCAUGCAAAAGCUGUUUAA